AUGCACACACAGAGCGGAGCAUAAACUUUCCGCAACCACGCCGAUAAUUCGCUCAGGGACUUACUACAAUAGAUAAGCCAAGCGGAUUGUAUCGGGAAUAAGACUUGCUCAUGUAUGUACGUAAUUGUGAAAAUGCAUAGUUGGACUAUGCUACAUUAUGGUAUUUGAUACAAGAAUUGUGAAGAUAUCAAACGUAUUGACUACAGAAAAGACUUGGGAUUUUUUCCCGACAGACCCUGUGAGACGGACAUUUACUUCCCUCGGUGUCGAUUAUAUGAAAUAUUAACGGGGAUAUUUACCGAACCGUUGUUGGGAACAGGGCAACUUCUCUUUGGUCGUUUGCCAAAUGCGUCUACGGGUUGGACAACUACGGAAUCUCGUUUCUCUGGCAUAAAACCCACUGGAAAUCAUUGAGUAAGGAGAGGGCACAAAUCUUCUCGUACCUUGCUUAUAUUCCUAUUUCCCUCGUUGGUUUUAUGGAGGUAACUCUGGGUUUGGGUGCUUGACGCCGUUGGACUGGGUGCUUGACGCGGUUGGACUGGGUGCCGGAACACCUCGGAUUGUAUUCACCCGUCUCUCCCUCUCUCCCCUGGGGUUAUUUUUAUGUCCGAGCAGACCGCUUUAUGACAAUGGAUUACUUGCUGGUUUUAUGCAGCCUCUGGUUGCACAUGGCCUCAGCUGUUGAAGAAACAUUAAUGGACACCAAGUGGGCCACAACUGAGCUAGCCUGGACCGCUCACCCUGAAACUGGGUGGGAGGAGGUGAGUGGCUACGAUGACGCCAUGAACCCCAUCCGGACGUACCAGGUGUGCAACGUGCGCGAGGCCAACCAGAACAACUGGCUACGCAGUGACUUCAUCCCACGCAAAGACGUCCUCAGAGUCUACGUGGAGAUGAAGUUCACUGUGCGCGACUGCAACAGCAUCCCCAACAUCCCCGGCUCCUGCAAGGAGACCUUUAACCUCUUCUACUACGAGUCCGACUCAGACUCGGCCACGGAGACGAGUCCAUUCUGGAUGGAAAAUCCCUAUGUGAAGGUGGACACCAUCGCGCCCGAUGAGAGUUUCUCCAUGUUGGAGUCGGGAAGGGUGAACACGAAAGUACGGAGCUUCGGACCUCUUUCCAAGACUGGGUUUUACCUGGCAUUCCAAGAUCUGGGGGCUUGUAUGUCGCUGAUUUCUGUCCGAGUCUUCUAUAAGAAGUGUUCGACCACCAUCGCGAACUUCGCCGUGUUCCCCGAGACGGCCACGGGGGCAGAGGCCACGUCGUUGGUCAUCGCGCCCGGAACAUGUGUUCCCAACGCUCUUGAGGUGUCCGUGCCUCUCAAGCUGUACUGCAACGGGGACGGCGAAUGGAUGGUUCCCGUGGGAUCGUGCACCUGCGCGUCCGGGUUCGAGCCCGCGAUGAAGGACACCCAGUGUCAGGGUGAGUGUGACAUCAAGGACACUCAAUGUCAGGCUUGCAGCCCGGGCACGUUCAAAUCCAAGCAGGGCGAGGGUUUCUGCACACCCUGCCCACCCAACAGCCGUACCAGCUCUGGCGCAGCCAACGUAUGCUCCUGUAGAAACGGCUUCUACCGCUCAGACACAGACUCACCAGACAACGCCUGCACCACCGUUCCCUCGGCCCCGCGCAACGUCAUCUCCAACGUCAAUGAGACCUACCUGGUCCUGGAGUGGAGCGAGCCUCGUGACUCGGGCGGUCGCGACGACAUCUUCUACAACGUCAUCUGCAAGAAGUGCCUGCCCGAGCGCGGCAUGUGCUCGCGCUGCGACGACAAUGUAGACAUCUCGCCGCGCCACCUGGGCCUGACGCAGCGGCGCGUGGCGGUCCGAAACCUGCAGGCCCACACCCAGUACAGCUUUGAGAUCCAGGCCGUCAACGGCGUGUCGAAUAAGAACCCGUACACGCCGCAGUUCUCCGCCGUCAAUAUCACCACCAACCAAGCCGCUCCAUCUGCAGUACCUACAGUUCACCUGAUGGGGGCCACAGCUAGCACCAUGAGUCUUUCCUGGCUGCCCCCUGAAAAACCCAAUGGGAUCAUUCUGGAUUACGAGAUUAAGUACCAUGAGAAGGACCAGGGAGAAGCGAUUGCCCACACAAUGACCGCCCAAAGGAGUUCUGCCCGCAUCGAGGGGCUGAAGGCCGGCACGCCAUACGUGGUCCAGGUCCGGGCCCGCACAGUUGCCGGGUACGGUCGCUACAGCAGCCCCGCCGACUUCAGCACCAACCUGCAAAGUGACCCAGAGAAGUCUCUUCAGGAGCAGCUGCCCCUCAUCGUGGGUUCAGCCACUGCCGGUCUAGUCUUCAUCAUAGCUGUCGUUGUCAUCGCCAUCGUCUGCCUCAGGAAGCAGAGGAAUGGCUCUGAGUCAGAGUACACAGAGAAACUUCAGCAGUACAAAUCCCCUAUAGUCACGCCGGGAAUGAAGGUCUAUAUCGACCCCUUCACCUACGAGGACCCCAACGAGGCCGUCCGAGAGUUUGCGAAGGAGAUCGACAUCUCCUGCGUGAAGAUCGAGGAGGUCAUCGGCGCAGGUAACCAACCAAAGCUCCUGAGCUACAGGGGGAAGACUGCUAGUCACCUCCAGGCCAUACCGUUAGAGGACUUCACGCCAAGCGGAGAGUUUGGGGAGGUGUGUCGUGGGCGUCUGAAGCUGCCCGGACGACGGGAGAUCAUUGUGGCUAUCAAGACACUCAAGGUGGGCUACACCGACAGGCAGAGGCGGGACUUCCUGAGCGAAGCGAGCAUCAUGGGACAGUUUGACCACCCAAACAUAAUCCGGUUGGAGGGCGUGGUCACCAAGAGCCGACCAGUCAUGAUCGUCACAGAGUUUAUGGAGAACGGAGCGCUGGACUCUUUCUUAAGGCUCAAUGACGGGCAGUUCACAGUGAUCCAGCUGGUGGGCAUGUUGCGUGGCAUCGCCGCGGGCAUGAAGUAUCUUUCUGAUAUGAACUACGUUCACCGGGACCUGGCAGCUCGCAACAUUCUGGUCAACAGCAACCUGGUGUGUAAGGUGUCCGACUUCGGCCUGUCGCGAUUCCUUGAAGACGACGCCACGGACCCAACCUAUACCAGCUCACUGGGAGGCAAGAUUCCGAUUCGCUGGACGGCUCCCGAGGCCAUUGCCUACAGGAAGUUCACCUCGGCCAGUGACGUGUGGAGCUAUGGCAUCGUCAUGUGGGAAGUGAUGUCGUACGGAGAGCGGCCAUAUUGGGACAUGAGCAACCAGGAUGUUAUAAACGCAGUGGAGCAGGACUACCGGCUGCCCCCGCCCAUGGACUGCCCAACGGCACUGCACCAGCUCAUGCUUGACUGCUGGGUCAAGGAAAGAAACCUCCGGCCUAAGUUCUCCCAGAUCGUCGCAACACUGGACAAGCUCAUCCGCAAUGCCGCCAGCCUCAAGGUGGUCACCAGCAGCACGCACUCUUCCGGGGCGUCGCAGCCCCUGCUCGACCGAUGCGUCCCCGACUACACCACCUUCACCACCGUGGGAGACUGGCUGGACGCCAUCAAGAUGAGCCGCUACGGUGACAAUUUCCUCAACGCCGGAUUUGCCUCCUUCGACCUCGUGGCCCAAAUGACAGCAGAAGAUCUUCUUCGGAUAGGAGUGACACUGGCAGGCCACCAGAAGAAGAUUCUAGGCAGCAUUCAGGACAUGAGACUACAGAUGAACCAAACACUGCCUGUCCAGGUCUGAGAUGGACCAACCAGAGAGACAGGACAGGAAGGAGAGGGAACUGUGCCAGAGAGAGAGAGAGAGAGAGAGAGAUAGAGAGAGAGAGCCAAUGGGAAACCCUAGCUGCCUGACCAUCUCAGCCAAUCAGAUGAAGACAAACCUGGCUUGCAGUGCCUCGAAGGGACUAGACGUUGUUUCUUCUUCUUCUGUCUUCCGCGCCUGUUUCCUGUUGUGUUCUAUGUUAUUAGUCCCACGUUUUGACAAGAUUUAGCUGAAUGAUUUUUGUAUUAAAAAAAAAAACGUUUCUAAAGAGAAGAAACGGAACCCAUAAUCCCAUGCGUGCCUCACUUGGUCCAGUGUGGGGUGAUCGUUUGCAUGCGCGCGUGUGUUUUCGUGAGGAUGGCUGGGACUCAACCCCUCCACCCAACCCAUCUCCUUGUAUCCUGAACUUGGUCAUCCUCCUGUGAAAACCCAUCUCCUUGAACCUUGAACCUUGACCCUAACAUCUGUCGGACAGCCCCCCUGACGGACAUGAAAGUUGGAAGUGGACGAACACUGUUUGAGUAUAAAAUACCGGAAAAAAAGCUGAAAAAGUGAACAAGCGUUCGCACACAAAAAAAUGAAGUGUUUGGACACGAUAGAUGAAGUCCCUCCCAUGCUACAACUUGUUUUAGUGUGUGUCUGUGUGUGUGUGUGUCUGUGUGUGUGUGUGUGUGUGUCUGUGUGUGUGUGUGUGUGUGUGUGUGUGUGUGUAUGUGUGUGUGUGUCUGUGUGUGUCUGUGUGUGUGUGUGUGUGUUAUUCCCCAUCUUCAUAUUGAAGGUGUACUAUUAUGCACAAGGCCACUGAGAAGGACGUGGAGGAGAAGUGUAAAGGGUGAAAAAUAAGAAGAUCACCAGAGGUCAAAUGAGAGCAUCUGAGAUGGCUGCGCUAGUUUGGCCCCAAAAGUCUCCGACCGACCUCUUUCUAAGACGUAGGGGAGAACAUUGGCUCAUAUGCCUCAUCAACUGUGUCUGUCCUACUAUGAUAAAUGUUGUCUAUUUGUUUUUAUCAGCUCUCCAUUUACAUUUUCUGUUCUAUAGUUAUUGGGGUUUGUGUUUCAAGAUAGUACUUCCUGUUUGGGCUGGUCAGAGUUUAGUACUUCCUGUUUGGGCUGGUCAGAGUUUAGUACUUCCUGUUUGGGCUGGUCAGAGUUUAGUACUUCCUGUUGGCUGGUCAGAGUAUAGUACUUCCUGUUGGACACUUUGAUGUCGGGGAGCUAGGCGAGGACUGUGGCAACAUACCUGACCGACCGGCCUUUUGUGUGUGUGUGUGUGUGUGUGUGUGUGUGUGUGUGUGUGUGUGUGUGUUUAUGAAUGCGAGAGUGUAACAAGUUACACACACAUAAUGUACAAUGCAGCUUCAGCUAUAUCCCCACUGUGGAGAAUUAGCGCAUGAACUGAACAGUGACAAGGAGCAACAAUUAUAUAUCGGAAACAGUUACGCUUUAUUCUGUGGACAAACUGUUAAUGUUUUUAUUUUAUUAAAUACAAAAUGUUUGGAAAUAUACACUAUAUGCAUCCACAAUAGAGCAGACACACGUAACUUUCUUUUUACAUUUUUCUGGAUGUUAAAUUAAUCCAAAAAAACUCGAGUUAAAUUUCUCUACUUCCACCCACUGUAUUUAUUUCUCUCCCCACUUUGACAACAGGCCAUUUGAACUGUGGACUUUAUUCAAAAGAAUGAUGAAGAGGAAACAGAAGUUCCAAGAGGAAAUGAAUUAAUGAUUAUAAAAAAAAAAAGCAUAUAAAAUUGGAUAUUGUAUUUUUGUUGUUGUUCUAAACAGCCUGUACAUGUUUUGUAACAAAAAUAAGAUAAAUAACAUGAAAACAAAA